AUGAUGAAAUUGUCGAAAGAUAAUCAAGAAUCAGCUUCGCCAGUUUCUGAACAGAGUGAAGGAAAUCCUCAAGAAGAAUUCCGAGAAGUAAAUUCAAGCUUCGGUCUUACUCUCGUUAUGAAAUUGAAGAUUGCUGACAGGCCUGUAAAGAAAAUGGCUACCACAAGAAUUGGAGAUGAUGACUUGUUAUUGACUUGUGCAGGGACGUUUUCAGAAGAAGAGUCUUUGUUGCUAUGGCAUAAAGAGCCGAUAUCGGUAUGA